AUGGGUGUUAAUUCGUUGUGGGACAUUGUCGGGCAAACAGCACGUCCGGUUCGACUAGAAUCCUUAUCUCGAAAGAAGUUGGCAAUCGAUGCUUCAAUAUGGAUAUAUCAAUUCUUGAAAGCAGUGAGAGAUGCGGAAGGGAAUACCUUGCCACUGUCUCACAUCGUUGGAUUCUUCAGAAGAAUUUGUAAAUUACUAUAUUUUGGGAUAUUACCUGUGUUUGUGUUUGAUGGUGGAGCGCCAGCCUUGAAAAGGCAGACCAUUAACCGUAGAAAGGAACGAAGAGAUGAGCAAAGAGAAAGUACGUUGCAAACGGCAAGGAAAUUGAUGGCUAUUCAGGUUCAAAGACAAGUUCAGGGGGGACCUGUAUCGAAAAAGAGGAAAAUGGUUAAGACUCAAGGUGAGAAUGACGAUUACGAUGAAGGUAAUAUAGAAUAUAUGGAAGAUAUGGAAAACAUACAGCUUGGUAACCAAAACUUGGCUACCUCAGAUCACGAUUUUAGUAACUUUAGGAAGAAAGAUGAGUACCACUUGCCAAGGAUUGGUGAGAUUAAAAUAGACAAAAAGGAUGAGAGAUUAAUGCCGAAGGAAGAAUUUAACGAGUUAUCGGAGCUUGGAUUCGACUACGUUGAUGGUAUAAAUAUCGAUUCUGUAGAUCCCGCUCUGAAGGAAUUUGAAGAGCUUCCCAUGCCUACACAGUAUAUGAUAUUGUCUCAUUUAAGACUUAGAUCUAGGUUAAGAAUGGGAUAUGAUAGAGAUCACUUACAAAGUCUUUUCCCAAACAGUAUGGAAUUUUCUAAGUUUCAAAUACAACAAGUUCAGAAGAGGAACUUCUACACCCAGCGGCUCAUGACAGUUAGUGGAAUGACAGAUGAUGGGAAUAUUACUAGAAGAAUUGCUGGGAGUAAAGACCGUGAGUAUUCGUUAGCUAGAAGUGAAAAUGGAUGGACUUUGGCUUUGGAUUCUGGUGGAAAAUCUGCAGAUAAACCAAUACAUUUGGAUGAAUUCGGAAACGUUAUUGAAGAAGAAGAAGAAGAAGAAGAUCAAAAACCAGAAGUAAAAAGGGAAAAAAUGGCUAGAUAUUCAGAUUCAGAUUCAGAUUCGGAUUUUGAGGACGUUCCAAUAGAACCAGAAGGAGGUGAUAAAACCACAGAGCAAGCGGAGGAAGAUGAACUUCAAAAGGCGCUUGUUCAGUCAAUUUAUGAUCAAGAAACAAACAAUACCCAGAUCAAUACAAAUAUUGAUGGCUUCGAUGAAGUUGAAUUAAAGAAUGCUAUAGCUGCAUCUAAGAAUGAUCUUAUAAGUCUACAGAAGCAAGAGAAUUAUGCGAAGAAGAAAGUUUUCAAUAUUAAUUCAAAGAAGAAAGUGCAAACCUCAGCUAUGAAGCAAGGAACCCCCGAUAAAGAGCUAAGGAUAGAACCUAAUUCAUUCAAAAACUCUAUGUUAUUUAACUUUGAUGAAUCAAAAGAAUCAGGUAUUGACAAUGAUGAUGCACCAGGGGUGGAUUCAGACGCAAUAGAAGAGAAGCAAAUCCAAGCUGAAACAAACAACGGAAAAGGGACUCUUCCUGUGUCUGCGUUUACAGGAGAUGUAGUAGAAUUCAGCGAAGAAGACGAAGAAUUAGAGGAGUCUGAAAGGGAAGCAGCUGUUCCCAAAGUUGUACAGAAGCUACCUUCGUGGUUCAACAGCACUGUAGAUGAAGAGUUUAAUCCUCACAUUCAGAAAGAGCAUGAAAAAGUCGUUGAAUCUAAAUUGUCUUCUAAUGCAGAACCAGGCUUAGGUACUAACGUGGUCUUAGAGGAUGAAAGGGCCGGAUUAGUCGACUGGAGUGAUGCUCGACAGAUGCUUGGAGGGGAAGAAAAAGCCUCUGAUGAAGAAGAGGAAGAAGAUGAGGUCUUGAUAACGGAUUACAAAGUAUCAAAUAAGGAAGAUGAGUCGACAGAAAAGAGAAAUCCUGAUAUUGAAAAAUCUGAUGAAAUUGAAGAAGUAGUAGAAGUUGAAGAUUUGAAAAAGAAAGAAGGGGACGAAGUGAAAGAACCCGAGAAGGCUCCUCUAGAUUAUGACUUUGAAGAAGAGGAAGAAGAAAAACUCAUUCAACAGAUCGAAGAAGAAGAAUUAGAGCAUGAGGAUUUCAAACACAAGAUCAAGCAAAAUAACCCAUUACAAGCGUUGGAUUCAAGCAUUACAGAGGAACAAUUAUUACAAGAAAAAUUCCAAAAGGCAAAGAGGGAUUCCGAAGAAGUGACACAAACAAUGAUCAAAGAUGUCCAAGAAUUGUUAAAAAGGUUUGGAAUUCCGUUUAUAACAGCUCCAAUGGAAGCCGAAGCACAAUGUGCAGAGCUAAUGAAAUUGAACUUAGUGGAUGGGAUUGUAACUGAUGAUAGCGAUUGCUUUCUCUUUGGAGGGGAUAGAGUUUACAAAAACAUGUUUAACCAAAAAAGUUAUGUUGAGUGUUACAUUAGUUCAGAGAUUGACAGUAGACUUGGAUUAGACCAAGGAAAGCUCAUUGAGUUAGCGUUGCUCUUAGGAAGUGAUUACACAGAAGGAAUCAAGGGUAUCGGUCCAGUCUUAGCAGUGGAGAUUCUUGCAGAAUUUGGAUCACUAAGAAAUUUCAAAGAUUGGUUUGACAAAAAUACUUUGAAACUUUCAGAUGCUGACAAUUCCACUAGCCUUAAGAAAAGUUUACUUUCAAAGAUUAAAACAGGUAAAUUCUUCUUACCUGAGAGUUUUCCAGACCGAGUAGUAUUUGAUGCUUACAAAAGACCCGAAGUAGAUAAGGACGACACUAAAUUUCAAUGGGGUGUACCAAAUUUGGAUAGCAUCAGGUCAUUCUUAAUGUACAACGUUAAGUGGACUCAAGGAAGAGUCGAUGAAGUGUUGGUUCCCCUAAUCCGGGACAUCAAUAGGAAGAAGACUGAGGGAACCCAGUCCACAUUGGGAGAAUUUUUCCCACAAGAAUUGAUCCAAACUAGAAAGGAAUUAACCCUAGGUAAGAGGAUGAAAAAGGCGACAGAUAAGUUGAGAAGAUGA